GUGAUGUCUGGGCACAAAAACAUCCUUCAAAAGUUCAGUCCCCAAGAGUCACAAGAAAAAGAAAAGGUGGAUAGGCUAUAUUGGGUGGCAUGGCAAAGUUGGUGGUGGUGCAACAAAAACAACCUUCUUUCUCUCUUCUUCCUUCUUCUCUCUCUGACUUCAAUGGCACCAGACUCCAAUCUCAAAUUCAGUUAAAAAGAAAGGUAUGGAAGCCAAAAGGAGCAUUACAUGUCUCAGCAUCAAGUGCCAAGAAAAUUCUCAUAAUGGGAGGCACCAGAUUUAUUGGUGUGUUUUUGUCUAGACUCCUUGUUAAAGAGGGUCAUCAGGUGACUUUGUUUACCAGAGGGAAAGCACCCAUCACUCAACAAUUGCCAGGUGAAUCUGACAAGGACUUUGUUGAUUUUUCUUCCAAGAUCUUGCAUUUGAAAGGAGACAGGAAGGAUUAUGAAUUUGUGAAAUCCAGUCUCUCAGCUGAAGGCUUUGAUGUUGUUUAUGACAUAAAUGGACGAGAGGCAGAGGAAGUUGAACCCAUUUUGGAUGCACUACCAAAGCUAGAACAGUAUAUUUACUGCUCUUCGGCUGGUGUUUAUCUCAAGUCUGAUUUACUACCCCACUUUGAGACUGAUGCAGUUGAUCCAAAGAGCAGGCACAAGGGAAAGCUUGAGACAGAGAGCUUACUAACAUCAAAGGGUGUUAAUUGGACUUCUAUAAGGCCAGUCUACAUCUAUGGACCGCUGAACUACAAUCCUGUUGAAGAGUGGUUCUUCCACCGAUUGAAAGCUGGUCGUCCAAUUCCAAUUCCCAACUCAGGGGUUCAAAUAACACAACUCGGUCAUGUUAAGGACUUGGCUAGAGCUUUUAUUCAGGUGCUUGGAAAUGAAAAGGCCAGCAGGCAAGUCUUCAACAUCUCUGGAGAUAAGUACGUCACCUUUGAUGGAUUAGCAAGAGCAUGUGCAAAGGCUGGUGGAUUUCCUGAGCCUGAGAUCAUUCACUUCAACCCUAAGGAAUUUGAUUUUGGUAAAAAGAAGGCAUUUCCGUUCCGUGAUCAGCAUUUCUUUGCAUCAAUUGACAAAGCAAAAAGUGUGCUUGGGUGGAAACCAGAAUUUGACCUAGUGGAAGGGCUUGCUGACUCCUACAACUUAGACUUUGGUAGGGGAACAUUCAGGAAAGCGGCCGAUUUUUCAACAGAUGACUUGAUUCUCGGCAAGAGUCUUGUUCUUCAGAGCUAGACCAUUCUUCUCUGUGUUUCCUUUGUGGUCUCCUUUCAUUCAAAUUCCCACUCAAGUUCAUAAGGAAUAACUAACCAAAUGCCAUGUUUUGUAAUGGGACAAUGUUAUCAUUAGUAAAAGCAAAAUUGAAAGUUACACA